UUGUUUUUUUUUGUGGUGGUAGGAGGGAUGCUGCUGUGAAAUCUUUUUUUGAAUGUGUUUUAGACACAUUUUUGUCUGUACCCCAGGAGGUGUGCUUUCUGUAAUUUUUUGGGAGUAAUUGUUUUUGGGAAAGCUUGUUGAAAAGAGCUUACUCACAAUGUUGGGCUUGGAUGUUUGUGAAUUUGGUGGACAGUUCCUUGAACUGCUGUGGUUAACAGUUUGCUACAGAGGCAUAAUGGCUGACAAAGAUAAAGAAGUGCCAGUGGUUGAGGAUGAAGAUGAGCCAGAUCUGAACUACCAGCCUCCGGCUCAGAAGAGCCUGCAGGAGAUCCAGGAACUGGACAAGGACGAUGAAAGCCUGAACAAGUACAAGCAAACCCUCCUGGGAUCUGGACCUGUGGUGGCAGAUCCCAGCAUUCCUAAUGUUCAGGUGACCCGACUCACCCUGAUGUGUGACCAGGCCCCUGGACCCAUCACCAUGGACCUGACCGGUGACCUGGAUGCUUUGAAGAAGACUAACUUCACCAUGAAGGAGGGAGUGGACUACAGGGCGAAAAUCCACUUCAAGGUCAACAGGGACAUCGUGUCUGGACUGAAAUAUGUGCAACUGACCUACAGGAAAGGAAUCAGAAUGGACAAGGCAGUGUACAUGGUGGGCAGCUACGGUCCGAGAGCCGAGGAGCAUGAGUUUCUCACCCCGGUGGAGGAGGCUCCGAAGGGCAUGAUCGUUCGGGGAAGCUACCACAUCAAAUCCUACUUCACAGAUGACGACAAGACCGACCAUCUGUCGUGGGAGUGGAACCUGCAUAUCAAAAAAGACUGGGACAGUGCAGAGUAAAGAGGUUCUUCCUCUGUCUCUCUCUCCCAGAUGCAUAGCAACAUACCCGAUUUAUCACUGAUGUUUAAGACAGAGACAGGCUAGGUAGAUAUGGUUUUACUGGCUUUGCAAAUGAUUAAAUAACAAUUAGUCGUAUAAAAAAAAAAGGAAAAAAAAAACCAUAUAAUGAAGAUAUUCCUACAUAUUAAGUGUAAUCAACAGUGAGGACAUACAGUGACUGGCAGGGUAUUAGAGGCGACUUAGUACUUUGUAAUAGAUUUAACCAUGGUGUAUCCAACAAAUGAAAUCCCUCAUGCCUGUACACUCAGGUUUUAAUGUAUACUGUAAAUGUAAAUAUUACAAUGUCUGUAUUCUUGCAGUGCAUUUCGAGUUCUUUACAGAGCCCAUGACCAGAUCAGUGCAUGCUUGAAUGUGAAGCCAUCGUGUCUGCAGUGGCUAGUUUCUUGUGUUAUUGACGAUGUAAUCAGCCUGCUGUUACCUGAUAAAUACAUGAGUGGGACGUGGUUUGUACUAAGUGUUGCUUGUCAAAAAAAGGUAUUUCUGAGCAUUAAACCCCUGUAGAAAAGAUCAGCUGAAACCGAUAUGAAGUUGUCUGGCUGAUCACUAGCAACCAAUUCUGGUAAAGCUGCUUCACUUUUCAUGCUGGUUAGUCCUGGCUGGCACAUCAGCUUCUAAAAUGCAACAUUUGCUGGUGAUUUUACUGGUCUUUUCAGCUGGGAACCACCAGUGGAGCCCAUAGUCAAGCACCCUCCUCAUUCCCUGAAACAAUUUAAGAUCUGUUCAUCUCUGUCCAGGUGUCUGUAACUGUCUUCCAUCAAGCUUUUAUAUUAGAAUGUCUCUGACUUUUUUUUUUACAUUCCAAAAUAAAUAGAUUUAUUGUU